AUGAGUCGCAGAGUACUUCCCUACGCCUCGAUUCUCGCUCUUGUGGGCGGGACUAUCGCUGAACCAUUUUUGGUUCUCAACAGCGACUUUCCCGAUCCAAGUCUGAUAGAAACUUCGAGCGGAUACUAUGCAUUUGGCACCACCGGUAACGGAGUAAAUGCACAGGUUGCUACUUCACCAGACUUUAAUACGUGGACUUUGCUUUCCAGCACAGAUGCUUUGCCCGGGCCCUUCCCAUCCUGGGUAGCUUCUUCUCCAGAAAUUUGGGCGCCGGAUGUUUUGGUCUUGGCCGAUGGCACCUAUGUUAUGUACUAUUCGGCGGCCGCCGCGAGCGAUUCGAGCAAGCAUUGCGUUGGUGCCGCAACCUCAACCUCACCAGAGGGACCUUACACCCCGGUCAACAGUUAUGUUGCAUGCCCCUUGGAUCAGGGAGGCGCUAUUGAUGCCAACGGAUUUAUUGACAGCGACGGUACGAUAUAUGUUGUAUACAAGAUUGAUGGAAACAGUCUAGACGGCGAUGGAACCACCCACGCGACCCCCAUCAUGCUCCAGCAGAUGGAGGCAGGCGGAACAACCCCAACCGGCAGCCCGAUCCAACUAAUUGACCGAUCUGAUCUCGACGGACCUUUGAUUGAGGCCCCUAGUCUGCUUCUUUCCAGUGGAAUAUAUUACCUCAGCUUUUCUUCCAACUACUACAACACUAAGUACUACGACACUUCAUACGCCUAUGCUACAUCAAUCAGGGGUCCUUGGACCAAGCAAUCUGCACCUUAUGCGCCCUUGUUAGUUACUGGAAGAGAAACCAGCAAUGAUGGUGCUUUGAGCGCCCCUGGUGGUGCUGAUUUCUCCGUUGAUGGCACAAAGAUUUUGUUCCACGCGAACCUCAAUGGACAAAAUAUCUCGGGCGGACGUGCAUUGUUCGCCGCUUCGAUUACCGAGGCCAGCGAUGUAGUUACGUUGCAGUAG